CCCGUCACUAGCGCCAGCGGCCAGGGCAGGGGGCCUAGGCCCGGCCCGGCCCGGCUCUCGGUGGGGGCCAGGCUCGCGGCCCCCUCCCCUCCUCUCCUCGCGGUGACUGGUGCGAUUGGCUUAGGCCUCGGGCGGGGUGAGAGGGCGGGACCGUUGGGUGUUUCCGCGCCUGAGCGCGCGGAUGUUCUGUCCGCAGCCGGGGCUGCGUCAUCCCCGAACGAGCUUCGGUGCCGCGCGAGCCACUCCCGAGCGUGGGCAGCGCCGGGCUCAGGGCUCUAAGGCGUGUGUCGUGCUGGCCAGUGUGGACAGAAGCCCUGGCUCUCAUUCAGCCUUCCUAGCGCUGCAGUUGGAAUAUGUGAAUAUAUAUAAAAGAUACGACAUGCUGUUUUGCUUAUUAUGCAGAAAAUCAACAAAAGAAGAUGAAGGCCAAUAAGGGAAAAACCUGCACUAGAGAGCGAGAGUUUUCAUAUAAAUUCAAUGCUGGAAAUCAGCACUUAGUGCUUACAGUGCCUCUCAAAUUUCCUGUGCAAGAGAAUGCCAGUCACUUGCAUGGACGUCUAAUGCUUCUGCACAAUUUACCAUGCUUCAUAGAAAAUGACUUAAAGCAAUCUCUUAGUCAAUUCAUUGAAGGAGAAUCCAUAAAAGAUUAUGAUAAAGAAGCAGAGGCGGCCCUGGAAGCUGUGAAAUCCGGAGAAGUGGACAUGCACCAGCUGGCAAAUGCUUGGGCUAAAGCUUAUACAGAGACAACAUUAGAACAUGCAAGACCUGAAGAACCCAGCUGGGAUGAAGAUUUUGCAGAUGUGUACCAUGAUCUGAUACACUCUCCAGCUUCUGAAACUCUGUUAAACCUGGAACACAACUAUUUUGUUAGUAUCUCAGAGUUAAUAAGUGAGAGAGACGUGGAACUGAAAAAAUUACGAGAAAGACAAGGAGCAGAAAUGGAUAAGGUGAUGCAAGAACUAGGAAAGUCGCUAACAGAUCAAGAUGUAAAUGCAUUGGCUGCUCAGCAUUUUGAAUCCCAACAGGUUUUGGAGAAUAAAUGGACCAGUGAACUAAAACAGUCCACCGCCAUCCAAAAACAGGAGUAUCAGGAAUGGGUGAUAAAACUUCAUCAAGAUCUAAAAAAUCCCAACAACAGCUCUAUCAGUGAGGAAAUUAAGGUUCAACCCAGUCAGCUGAGAGAAUCUGUGGAAGGAAAUGGAAGAAUUUAUGAAGAGCAGAGACAGUUAGAAGAAAGUUUUACUAUUCAUUUGGGAGCCCAGUUGAAAACUAUGCAUAAUUUGAGAUUAUUGAGAGCUGAUAUACUGGACUUCUGUAAACACAAACGCAAUCACCGAAGUGGAGUAAAGCUUCACAGACUUCAAACUGCAUUGUCACUUUAUUCAACUUCUCUUUGUGGCCUGGUUUUAUUGGUAGACAACCGAAUCAGUUCAUACAGUGGCAUCAAAAGAGAUUUUGCAACAGUUUGCCAAGAAUGCACAGAUUUCCACUUUCCUGGGAUUCAAGAGCAGCUUGAAAUUGUGCAGCAGGUUGUACUUUAUGCUAGAGCACAACGCAGCAGUAAGUCAAAAAGACAGCACGAUUCAGUAAAUAGAAAUGGUGGAAAUGAAGAGAAGUCCAAGAAUAUUGAACGAAACCAAUCAAAUAUUUUGCCUGGAGAAUUUUACAUCACACGCCAUUCAAAUCUUUCUGAAAUUCAUGUUGCUUUUCAUCUGUGUGUGGAUGAUAAUGUAAGGUCUGGUAACAUUACUGCUCGGGAUCCUGCAAUCAUGGGCCUCAGAAAUAUUCUCAAAGUUUGUUGUACACACGAUAUUACUACAAUUAGCAUCCCUCUUCUACUGGUACAUGAUAUGUCAGAGGAAAUGACUAUACCAUGGUGCUUGAAGAGGGCAGAGCUUGUGUUUAAAUGUGUCAAAGGCUUCAUGAUGGAAAUGGCUUCAUGGGAUGGAGGAAUUUCUCGGACCGUACAAUUUCUGGUACCGCAGACUAUAUCUGAGGAAAUGUUUUAUCAGCUGAGUAAUAUGCUCCCCCAGAUCUUUCGAGUGUCCUCUACGCUGACUCUGACAUCUAAGCACUAACCCCUCUGCAUGUCACUGGAAGAGAUGAGAGUAUUGGUUUAAAUAUCAGAAUUUCUCCUCUGUAUUUUUCCCAAAAUUGACUGUUUAUUUGGAAGUUAAAUUUUAUUGCAAGUUGCAAACAAAAUAAUGUAUAUCCAUUUAAAAGUUCAUAAAAUCAGUGUUCUGUCUUGAUGUAUUUGCCAAAAAAAUCAAAUACAGUCAGUCUUUCAGCAAGAUAUUAAUGUGAAAUAUUUCACCUUUUUACGCAUAUCAUGUACUGUAAAUGUUUGUGUGACCUAAAAUGUGUGUAUUUAAAUGUUAUCUAUAAAAACAUAGUAAUUUUCAAACCUAAGCAUUUACAGUAGCAGGAAUAGAUAUCUAUACAUUUUUGGAAACAUUCUUGUUUUCUGAAUUUGCCCAGUGCAAUUUAGAAGAGCAUGAAUUAUGUCAGGCAAGCCUUCUUAGAAUAACUUAAAUAAUCUGGAAACACUGUAAAAGCACUGUAAUAAGGUCACCCUGACCAUGAGAAUAAAAUUGACACGCCCUCCCAUAACAGUUACAAAAUGAAAGGUAAAAUAAAAUGAAAAAUAACCA